CAUUUGGAGCAAAACAAUAUCAUAUGCUUGGUGUACACAAGCAAAGAGCCAUGGUUGUGCUUCUAUUGGUUAGCAUUCCUGUUGCUUUUAUUUGGAACAAUACAGGCCAUAUUCUUGCAUCAUUGGGACAAGAUCCGGAUAUAUCAGCUGAAGCCGGACUUUAUGCUCACUUUAUGAUACCUAGCAUUUUCGCUUUUGCGCUUCUACAAUGUCAUAUAGGAUUCUUACAAGCUCAAAACAAUGUAGUUCCCAUGAUGAUAACCACAGGAUUCACAACUCUACUCCACACCCUCACUUGUUGGAUGUUGGUUUUCAAAUCAGGUCUGGGAAACAAAGGGGCUGCCCUUGCAAAUGCCAUCUCUUAUUGGAUUAAUGUCCUCUUGUUAGCAAUUUAUGUCAGGAUCUCCCCUUCCUGCAAGAAAACAUGGACGGGUUUUUCAAAGGAGGCAUUGCAUGAUGUGCUAAAGUUUCUCAAAUUAGCUAUUCCUUCAGCUAUAAUGCUAUGCUUGGAAAUAUGGUCAUUCGAAAUGAUGGUAUUGUUAUCUGGUCUGCUUCCUAAUCCAAAGCUAGAGACAUCAGUUCUAUCAAUCAGCCUUAACACAUAUACAGUACUUUAUAUGAUACCCCUUGGACUUAGUGGCACAACAAGUACAAGAGUUUCAAACGAAUUAGGGGCUGGACAACCACAAGCAGCACUUUUAGCCGUGUAUGUUGCAUUAUUCAUGGUCGCCAUAGAAGGUAUUUUGGUAGCCACAGCCCUGAUCUUAGGACGUAACUUCUGGGGCUAUUCUUACAGUAGUGAAGAAAAAGUAGUGAACUAUGUUGGAGAAAUGAUGUUCAUGCUUGCAGGAUCCCACUUUAUAGAUGGCAUUCAAUCAGUGCUUUCAGGCGUGGUUAGAGGAAGUGGCAAGCAAAAGAUUGGGGCUUUGGUUAACCUAGGAGCCUAUUAUCUUGCUGGAAUUCCAUCUGGUGCAUUAUUAGCUUUCGUCUAUCAUAUAGGAGGAAAGGUAACUCUUACUCUAUUUUUAAUCUUUCUCCCCACUUCUCAUAUUUCGUUCUAG